AUGAUAAAUGAAUCUUUUCAAAAAUUGGGAAUAUUUGAGGAAAAUUUGUCAAGUGACGAAAUGAUAGUCAAAUACUAUGGACGAAGUGGGCUGAAACAGUUUAUUCGAGGCAGGCCUACUAGAUUUGGCUAUAAGUUGUGGUCUCUUUGUGGAGCAAGUGGCUACUGUUUCAAGUUUGAUUUAUACUGUGGAAAGGAUCCACAAGAUACUGCAAGGGAUGACCUGGCAUUGGGACCAAGAGUAGUCCUAAACAUGCUGGACUGCAUUGAAAAACCCGAGAAUAAUUGUGUGUACUUUGACAAUUUCUUCACUAGUAGAAAUCGUCUGAUUCAUCUAAGAAAUCUGGGUUUUCGAGCAACUGGGACUCUCAGAGAGAAUCUAGUUGGUGACUGUCCAUUACUGAGCAGCAACGAACUGAAACAGACAGUUUGA